AUGCAACAGCAUAUGAUAGUGAAGGGGGGUGAUGGUGGUGGAGAGGGGGGUGAGGGUACCGGUGCUUCUCUGCCAGUGCUGCUGCAGCAGCAGGGGGUGGCAGGAGCGGCAGGGGCGGCAGGAGGAGGGGCAGGUUCGGCAAAGUGGUUGGGGUUCGCGCCGUCCGCCGCUAGGCCCGUGAGCCGUAGAGGAGGAGAUGAGGAGGAGGAUGAAGAGGAGGAUGAGGAGGAGGAGGAGGAUGAGGAGGAGGAUGAGGAGGAGGAGGAAGAAGAGGAGGAGGAUGAGGAGGAAGAGGAGGAAGAAGAGGAGGAUGAGGAUGAGGAGGAGGAAGAGGAAGAGGAGGAGAUGAGGAGGAAGAGGAGGAAGAAGAGGAGGAUGAGGAGGAGGAAGAGGAAGAACAGGAGGAAGAGGAUGAGGAGUAUACAGAGACAGAGGAGGGUACAGAAGAAGUUACGGAGGAGGAGGAGGAGGAAGGAGGAGGAGGAGGAGGAGGAGGAGGAGGAGGAGGAGAGGAGGAGGAGGAGGAGGAGGAGAGGAGGAGGAGGAGAGGAGGAGGAGGAAGAGGAGGAGGGAGAGGAGGAAGGGUAUGGGACCGAAGAAGCAACAGAGGAAGGAACGGAGGUGACAGAAGAAGAGGUGACAGGGGAAGAGGUAACAGAAGAGGAGGUGACAGGGGAGGAGGUGACAGAAGAGGAGGUGACAGAAGAGGAGGUGACAGAAGAAGUGACAGGGGAAGAGGUGACUGAAGGGAAGACUGAAGAUACUGAAGAGACAGAAGUGACUGAAGGAACAGGGGAGGGGGAGGAGGAGGAGGAAGAAGAGGAGGAGGAGGAAGAGGAGGAGGAGGAGGAGGAGGAGGAGGAAGAGGAGGAGGACGAAGAAGAGGAGGAGGAAGGGACAGAAGAGGAUCAAGGGCGUCAUACUAUGGUGGGGAGGAGGAAGGGGGCGAGGGGGAGGUGA